AUGGGUUUCAGCGACUGGGCCAAAGAGCAGCUCCAAAAUGCCUCUGCUUUGCCCAAGUGCUACUUGGUCGCCAACAGCGACCUGUGCUCGUCCUCUUCGGGCUUGCGCUACCGCCGAUCUCCUUCCUUCAGCGAUGCGGCGAAGGUGACCAGGUUGAAGCCAGUCCCGUGGGAGUCCUUGGUUUGUGGCACCCUGGAAGCCGAUGGCGCCUUCUUGAAGCUUGAGGACGGGUACUAUCUGCCAGUCAUCACCCAAAGCGGGAUCCGGGUGCUUCACGAGAUCGAGCGAGAGGAGCCGGCGGCGAAAGCGAAGACGAAGGCGACGAAGGAAGCCGAGGAAGGGAGCUUGGGCCUCGUCUUCAGUGGGCCAGGUGCCUUCUACGAGGUGAUGUCGGAGCGGGUGGCCUUCCGAAGUGGCCCGUCUUUGGGGGCCAAAGCCUUAGGUCAGCUCCGAAAGGGUGAAGAGGUGGAACUCUUCGGUUGGGAUGAGUCUGGCUUGUGGCGGGAGUGCGUGGAUCAUCGCCUGGCCCGCAGUGGCUUCGUGCUUUUGGACCACCCCGAGCUAGGGCCACUGCUGCGGCCCAAAGGGGAGCCCCUCUGCAUCCGGCCACUGAACAAACUGGCCGUGGCGGCCCAGGAGGGCCGCUACGAGGACCUGGAGCGCUUCCUCGCCCUUGGCCAGGAGCAGGAGAUCGACUUCCAAGAUCCGCGGGGCCCGGCCGUGGUGCUGGCAUUAGCGAAGGGCCAGCUCAGGUGCUGCCUGCGGCUGCUGCGCGCCGGCGCCCGGGAGGGCAGCAGCCCCGAGCUCGCGAUGCUCAGGCGCUGCGGCCCGGAGGAGCUGGAGGAGCUCCAGCAGAAAUCCGAGGAGGAGCUGAAGCUCUGGAUUUAUGGGGCUUUAAAGCAGACUGCACAGGCUCCGAGCCCGGGCGACGCCAGGGGCGACGCCGAGACGGGGCAAGGCGAAGGCGAAGUCGGGAGAUCUCCAGAGUCAGAGAGAGAGGCCGAGAGCGCGGCCGCCGCGCCGGAAGUGAAGGGAGAGCUCUACGAGGUGGUCUACGACUCCGUGUGGAUUCGACGUGAGCCGGAUGCAAAAGCUGCUCGCGUCAGCAAGCGAAUCAAAGGCCAGCGCCUGCAGAUCCUGGAGUUUGAUGAGACGGGCUUCUGGGGUCGGACAGUCUUCAAGACCAGUGAGGGUAUGGACGAAGGCUGGAUGUUGCUGGCUCACGGCGAGUUUGGCGAGCUCUUGCGACCUGUCCACGAUGAUGGCCAGGGCUUCGUGGUUCGGCCGCAGUAG